AUGACAGUCUCAUUGCCAGUUCGUCGAAUAGCUGUAAUCGGCGCCGGACCAUCUGGCCUCGCUGCAGUGAAAUAUAUCCUAGCUGAGAAGUGCUUCGAAAAGAUAGAUGUCUUUGAGAAGAGAGGAUCGGUUGGUGGAGUCUGGAACUACACACCUGCUGCCGUCAAAUCUGGCCUGGUGACUCCUGUGCCACAGGUGAACCCGAAUGCGCUGCUCGAUGGACCGAUAUGGCAUCCGACUGGUGAUAAUGAGGAAACACUUCAACCUACUUUCGUCUCUCCAGUGUAUAGCACUUUGGUUACCAAUAUUCCAAAAGAUUUGAUGGCGUACGGUGACAAAUCAUUUCCUCCUGAAUGCCAAGUGUUACCCAAAUAUUCGACUGUGAGGCAGUAUCUGGAGGAAUAUGCAAAGGAUGUCAAAGACCUCAUACAGUUUGAAACCGAGGUUCUGGACGUCAGAAGUGAAGGUCAAACUCGCAAUAACUGGAGUGUGACGACCAGGAACUUGCGCACCCGCGCUGAGCUGACUGAGUCCUACGAUGCCGUGGUGGUGGCAAGUGGACAUUUCAAUGUCCCAUAUUUACCGGAUAUUCCAGGCAUAACAGAGUGGAAUGACAGCUACCCUGGUAUCAUCUUGCAUUCCAAAUCCUAUGACUCUCCCGAGCCUUUCCAUGACAAGAAGGUCAUUGUCGUGGGGAGCUCAGCCUCUGGACUUGACAUUGGCGGCCAAAUAAGCCCAGUGAGCAAGGGUCAAUUGCUUGUUUCUCAGCGCACAGAACCAAAUGCUUCCCUUGCCACCGAAGACAAGACUUAUUUCCCCGAGAUCGUGGAGUUCUUGCCGCCAGCUAGUCAUAAGAGGGCCGUGCGCUUCGCAGAUGGUAGAAUUGAAACUGACAUCGAUGCGAUUGUCUUUUGCACCGGUUAUUUCUACUCAUUUCCUUUUCUGUCAUCUCUCGAUCCGCCAGUUAUCGGAGAUGGUCGGAGGACCCUCAAUACCUACCAGCAUCUUUUCUACAUCUACAAUCCUACACUUGUGUUUCCUGUCCUCCCGCAGAGGGUCAUCCCGUUUCCCUUGUCUGAAAACCAAGCGGCAAUCUUCUCUCGUGUUUGGUCGGGACGAUUGUCUCUCCCAUCUACGGCAGAGAUGAAGGCCUGGGAAGACUUCACUCUCGCCGAAAAGGGCGACGGUACAGCCUUUCAUCUGAUGCAUUUUCCUUUGGAUGCUGAGUAUAUAAAUUUCCUUUACAACUGGGCUACUAAAGCCAAACCACGCCAGGGCUUGGUCAACAGUGGUCAGGGCAAACAAGGUAAUUUAUGGGGAGGCAAGGAGAGAUGGAUGCGUCAGAUGUUUCCUGAGAUCAGGAGAAAAUUCAUUGCGAAGGGCGAAGACUGCCACAACAUCACAUCUCUCGCACAGCUUGGAUAUGAUUACGAGGAUUGGAAAGAUACACAAGAGCAUGGAGUGUAG